CAAUUCUUUUUAUCUACAGGAGUUUCUGAUUUUGUUAUUUGAAUUUAAUAUAUUUUGAAUUUGUUGGUUUAUCGAAUUCGGCCGGGGUAAAAGCAUCCCGCUGACCCCCGAGUACUCGAAUUCCGAACUCUCCAAAGAACUAUCGAACGCAGGUCGUGUAAUCGUGGAAAAGUCAAUCAGAAAACUACAGAGAGGAGAGUCCUACGACCACUGUCAAUCGUUUGACGACAAAAAGUUUGUUAUCGACAAGAACGGAAAGAUUUGCGAGCGAAAGAAGAAGGGCCGCCUGUACAGCCUGGGUGGGAACGAACCACCGCGGAAAUGUAAUCGCGGCCGGCUGGACCGGCUGAAGACCGUUGGCACAUUCGACAUCACCAACGAGAUAUCGCGGCUCAGCCAGAAAACGAUGAACCUGAACGAACGCAUCAUCGGUAACCAACUGUUUGCCCAGACCGUUGACGAGGUCACUACCACUGCCAUCGGUAGUGCCGCCGGUGGUAUCUGUGCCGGGUUGGUCCCAUGCAUAGCAACGGAUAUCUUCGGAUCUACCCUGACCAAUCCGGGCAUCGAUACAACUAACACUCAACCGCAACAACCACCACAGUUCAGCGGAGUCACACGACCAGGUAACGGUCCGACGCUGUUGAAGCAAAACGCCGAAAUCAUCCACCUGUCGCCUCACCAUCAUCUGCCACCUAAUCAUCCGCUAGUGCUGCAACAGCAGCAACAGAAAGUCGCUAAAAGCAGAAGCCUAAGUACGGGUUCCUACAUUACUAAAGAAUCGAGUGUUCAUUCUAGCAUAGAGAAGAUUAUCAAAUCCAAUAGCAAUUCCGAGUUGAACGAGAACGCGCAAAAGACGAUAGAUACAAUUCCGAAGAACAAGUCAUUAGAAGAUAGUAGAACUAUGAAGCUCAACCAGUCGCAUUCGCCGCUGCGCAAACCGAUUUUGCGCAAGUCCAAGAAAAUCAUUCGUACCGAUUCGGAGUUCCUCAAGGGUAACAUUUACGAAAAAGAGUCGAGCCUUUCGAGCUCGCAAUACACGCCAACGCACGUCGAAAAACGACGUGAGUUUGCCGAUUAUCGAAGUAGCAAUCCCUCCUCGGAAACACACAAAUCGACCGACGAAAGUUCGAAAAACAUUUCAACGGACGAAAUCGACACAGUGUUCUCCGAUACGAUGGAGCUGGAACAAAUGGAAGCUGACUAUAAAAUGCAUUUGAAAAAUAACCUUCAGCGAGAAUACAAAAGCGACAGCGAUACCCUGGACGAGGUGGGGAAAAAGCAACCAGACUACAAUACGUGGAAGAAUCAGAGCUACGAGAAUACGUUUGACAUCUUCGAAGAGAAAGAGCAAGAACCGGACGAAAGCGGGAGCUCCUCAAAAGAUGUAACGAAAACUGAAGGGGACUCUGGGAAAGAAACCGAAAGAUCAAGAAGCGUGGAGACAAACGUUACACGAAAAUCAAGCGAAACGGAUCUGAAAUCCAAACGAAGUGCAGACCGGCCGACGGAGCUAGAGCUAGGAACCUCGUCGGACGGUAGCAAACACCCGUCGGUGGAUGGUUCCCUUGGUCACAUCUUCGAAAAAAAUCUAGGCCGAUUCAAGAAGAUGAACAAACUGCUGAAGUGUAAACGAUUCAGCACUUCUGCACUGUACGAUAAGAAAAGCAAACCCAACUACAAGGAAACUAUUUUCUUUGAAGAUAAAGCAUCGCCAACGAAGGCGACCGCGGAACAAGCCGGGCGAUCGCCCGUCAAGUCCUACCAUUCGCAAUCCAAGAUGUCAAUCACUUCUUCCAAGUCUUCCCUCUUCGGUACCAAGAAAAGCAACGUGUUCACUCUCAAGGGCAAGAAGUUUCCAUUUUCCACCAGUAAUAACACCACCAGCAAUGGCGAUGCGAAAACCUCCCCAAGCAAGUCCAAGUCCAACAACGAGAUCAGCUACUUCCGAACCAAGUCUACCAAGGGUUCGAAGAAAUCGCUUAAGAACAAUAGCACAGCGUGCCUGAAUUUGGAAACUACAUGCACCUCUCCCCUAUCGGAGGCGUUCUACAAUACAACCGGAAGUGUUCGACUCAGUGCUAUGGAGCUGUACGAGAAGUUUUGUUCGCAAGAUUUCAGCGGUUUGUACAAGCAUGAAGCGGUGCGGGGCGAUCACGAAGAUGGCCCGAACGGAUCGGCUUCGGGACAGUACGAUCCGAACCGAAGCCUGGGUGCGAUACGGAAGUACAAGCGACGCAAUUUCAAGCUGCUGCGACAGAAGAGCGAACCGAAGUUCUCGUUCAGGACCGACACCCUGUACGAGAAUGAAGACAGCUAUGACGAUACGUGCUACCCGGAUGAGGAACACAAGGACGAAUUCGAGGUGGAGGAUUAUAAUCAGUUUUUGUACGACGAGCAGUAUUAUGAGGAAGACAUAGAAAACCUUAGCAUAGAGAAUAUUUACUAUCGGGGGAAUUUGGUAAGGGAAGACGGUACCAUAGUGGAAGCGUAUCAGUACGAGGAGGAAGUGAUGGAAGGUGAAGAAGAAACGGAGGAAGAGGAAGAGGAGGAAGAAGAAGGUGAAGAGGAAGUGGAAGAAGAGGAAGAGGAGGAUGAGGAGGAUGUUGAAGAAGACGAAGAACAAUACUGCGAACAGGGGGUAGCGAUAGCUGAUGGGAACUUACAACCACCGCAAAUCGAUAUGGCCACAUCGAUGGAUUCAGACUGUGAUGAGAUCUACUUGAUGCCUGAGAAUGAGUCAAAGAAGCUGAUUAUACAUGAUUUCUUGUUCCACCAUAGUAAUAAUGAGUUUGAUAAUGUUGGCGAUGAAUAUGAUGUAUCGGAGGACGACUUAGAGCCGAUCGACACGGGUAAAGAUCAAGACACACUGACGAUUUACAAGAUUUGCUCGAAAGAGAGCAUCUUGAGCUCGAAAGGCGACUUGGACAACAUUGGUCUGAGCUCGUCACUCGAUCCGUAUUUCUUGAAGUCAGAUUGUCUGACAGCGCUGGAGCGAACUGCAUCAUUGGAGCUUCUGAGCAAUUCCAGUGGCACGUUGAAUAAAUCUACGUUAACAGAUUACGCAUUUGAUACAGUUAAAAACGCUAACUUAGAUAGCUGUAGUACGUCGCGUCUGAGUUUAUCGCUGAAGAGUGAGAUAUUCGAAGAAACACUUGCGAAUGGAGCUAGUGAUGGGUCUGGAGAGAUUAAGCAGAUCAAGAACUGGAACAUCGAAGACUUUACCCUUACCCCGGAAGGAUCGUUCUCGGAUGAGACCAUGGACGAGAUAUUGAAAGCUCACUUGGCGGAGGAAAGUGAAGAACAAACUCGAUCUGAAGUUCGAGAAAAUGUAGUGAAGGGGCCAGAAACGGAUCAGUCAGUGAUGACCAACCCAACGACAAGCGAGUACACGAUAAUCGAUUUGGACGAAGAACCGUACUUGGUGGACCCAACGAUAUCGGAUUUCACGAAUGAGAUCACAAAGGAAUUCGAUUUACUGUUCUCACGGGCUGAAACAGAAUCCCGUGCCGCCAGCUAUUCGGGAAGUCCGGUGUACGAUGAAGAGGACUCCUCCAGUGGUAAGGCAGUACUUCUGGAGCAGCUGGACCUUCGGCCUACAGUGAUUGACCUGCCCACUCGCUACUCCAUGCAGAAACUGGAACCCAUCAACCUAGAUGCUGAAGAGAUAAAGAUAACCAGACACACUGAGGACCAACUAAAAACGCAACACGAUAGUGCCAAAGUAGUAGAAGUAGUUGAUAAGAAGCAUAGUAAGGUAGAUAAAAACAAAGCACCGGAGCCGGAUCAAGCGGCGACGGUGGGGGCUGCGGUCUCGACGGGCGGCGAUCAUUUGCGGAAGGCUCGUAGUCAAUCCCUGGGUAACCUUAAGAACAAAACCAAAUGUUUUCCAUUAUAGAAGUUAAGAAACGCUGUAAUUAGUCGACUAGCUGUGUAGGGAAAGUAGACAGGUCGCACAGGGGGGAAGGAAUCGACUCGAAAACGGUGCCUACUUUCUACGGUUGGUUGCUGCCCUGGGAAAGUGAAAAUUUCCGGAAACCACAAACCAUCGAUGGUUGCCAAUCUUUGUCCGGGCUAUAUACCACUGGUGUUUGAAAGUUUCAUUAGGGUUUUGAACACCGCAUGAUCAUUUACGAAGUAUAAUUAAUCGUUGAUCACAUUUUUUUUAAUGUAGUGCUUUUAGACAAGUUUGGAAGAAAUGCCAAAUUAUUGGAACUUGGCCGAGAUUUUGAUAAUGGUUUCCGAGAUCUCAAUAAAAAUUAAUUCUGCUAAAUUUCUAUAAUAUAAUACUAUAAGCGGUAGAAGGAUAACGAGAUCUCAGCUAUUAGAUUUUUGUCAAAAUAAUUUAGGACUGAAGGAUUUGUACACCGCCUUAACAUAACAAUCACAUUAAAUUAUGUGUAUUAUAUUGACCUGAAAGAUUCAUUUCAUGAAGCAUCUUUUUACCGAUUUGUGACAAACAUCGAAUGAUUAUUGAAAACAUUUAAUAACACAGGCAGCUUCUUCAUUCACUUAGUCAUUCCUAAUGCCACGCUUGACACUGAUUUAUAUUUGGCAAGUUUUGAAUAUUGUUGUCUGUUGAAUUCUCUCUUUAUUAAAUGUCUUCCGACAUUUGCACUAAGUGCCCAGCCCACUGAAAUUUGCCGAGUGGUUUGGCCGAAAGUAAUUUAGCCGAAAGGGUAAUUUAGCCGAAUAGACCAUUUGGCCGAAUAGCCAUUUGGCCGAAAAAGUCAUUUGGCCGAAUAGGUUAUUUGGCCGAAUAGGUCAUUUGGUCGAACAGGUCGUUCGGCCGAAUUAUCAUAUGACCCAUAUUUCCCAUAAUCCAUAUGACCUAUUCGACCAAAUGGCCUAUUCAGCCGGAUGACCCGUCCAGCAGAAUGACUUACGCCCAUAUGGGUUUCAGCCUAAUGUUCGGCCUAGUGGCAUUUGGCGAAAUGGCUUUUGCACUUCCUUUAAAGAGAAUGAAUUCUCAUUGGAAGUGCACCGAAAUUGUAAAGAGGUUUGAAAAGAAGAGGAGGUUUUAUGCCUUAGGGAGAAGUGAUUCAAAUGAAUACCACUCCCAGGGGCUUUUCCCUGCUCCAAGCAAUAAAGAAGAUAUGAUUUCAGCCAAAUGACGUUUCCUCCAUUUUCUGUAGAAUUGAACCCAUCGUCCUUAAAUUUAUCGUCACGGUAGUUUUCAUAUCGUGACCAGGGUAGAAAUAUUUCACAGUCAAUGCAGUGAAAAACAUGGAUCUCAGUAAAAUCUGCUGUCGCCUUCAUCGCCGCCGUGGUGAGUGCGACUGGGUGCCGCCGAAAAAUCAUUUCCAACACCGACUAUUCAAUUUCGCAUUCAGCCACUCACAAGUCGCUCUGACAUGCUGCUCAGUUCGCGCCUUACCGUAUGACUGUGAGUGGCCCAUUUAAACGCGUGGUGAAUUUUUUCAAUUUGCUGGGUGAAUGUGUAAAUUUUGCUGUGGUAAAUUUCAUCUUCGCGGCGCUGUGGGUGAUGUGAGUUCUGUUGUUUACUUUUCUGCCUCUCCGGGAAUGUGAGGUUGAUUUCAAAGCAGGAAGAAAAUAAAAAAAUGAUAUAAAAUAACAUCACCUUCAUCCAGUGCUGCCGAAUAUUUACAACCCUGAUCGUGACAUUCAUUUGUUAAAGUAUCUAGAGUUUCGUUUUUCUCAUUAUCGUUAUCAGUGACAUAUUCAACUAUAAAACCAGCCUUCCAGAAGCAAUUCUGGAUUGUAUCUGGAUCUGGUUUCAUGUUUACUGCCCAUACUUCUUCUUCUUCGUCGUCUUCUUCUUCUUCUUCUUCUUCUUAUCGGCAUUACAUCCCCACACUGGGACAGAGCCGCCUCGCAGCUUAGUGUUCAUUAAGCACUUUCACAGUUAUUAACUGCGAGGUUUCUAAGCCAGGUUACCAUUUUUGCAUUCGUAUAUCAUGAGGCUAGCACGAUGAUACUUUUAUCCCCAGGGAAGUCGAGACAAUUUCCAAUCCGAAAAUUACCUAGACCGGCACCGGGAAUCGAACCCAG